AUGGACAUUGACCAAUGGAUCGAACAGCUAUGGGACUGCAAACACCUGUCUGAAUUCCAAAUGACGGCAUUAUGCAAGACACUCAUCGACAUUCUUAUCGAGGAAUCCAACGUUCAGCCAGUUUCUACACCCGUCACGCUCUGUGGCGACAUUCACGGCCAGUUUUGGGAUCUCAAGGAGCUCUUUCGGAGAGGCGGUCUAAUCAAGGAUGGUACACGCUACAUUUUCAUGGGUGACUUUGUAGACCGGGGCCACUAUUCGCUCGAAACAGUGUCCCUGCUCUUUGUCCUCAAAGCAAGAUACCCAGACAAGAUUACGCUCCUCAGAGGAAACCACGAGACACGACCUGUCAGCAAUACCUACGGUUUCUAUGACGAGUGUAAAUCCAAAUAUGGCAACUCUAAUGUCUGGUUGCAAUGUUGCAAUGUCUUUGACUACCUAAACAUCGCAGCAAUUGUCGACGGUAAAACAUUAUGUAUACAUGGCGGUCUCUCCCCAGAUGUACGAACAAUCGAUCAAAUUCGCGUACUUUCGCGAGCCCAGGAUCCACCCAAUGAAGGUGCCUAUUGUGACCUGCUUUGGUCAGACCCAGACGACUCUGUCCAGACCUGGGCACUUUCGCCGCGCGGCUGCGGAUUCUUAUUCGGAUCCACAGUCACAUCGCAAUUCACACACCUCAAUAGCUUGGAACUCAUAGCACGAGCACACCAGCUCGUGGAAGAAGGCUAUCAAUACAAAUUCAAUGAUCGUCUCAUCACUGUAUGGUCGGCCCCAAAUUACUGCUAUCGAUGUGGAAACGAAGCUGCCAUUCUACGACUUGGCGAAAAUGGAAAACGAGACGUGACAGUCUAUGGUCCUGCCCCCGAGAACGAUACAGACAGCAAAAUGAAAGAGAGACGUCAGGGAAAGGGUGGCGUCCUUCCAUAUUUUGUCUGA